GUAGCACUGAAUAAAUAAUGCUCGAAUGAACAUCAUUACCUAUUUGGGAGGUGAUGGCCCUAAUAUGUCUGAAGAUAAAUCAGUCAAUAUAUGUGAACUUUUAAGUCAGUUUCUGUGUUUGAGCCUUUUCUUUGGAGAUUGCUUUAUUCUGGAAUUGAAGGAGACCUUUAGAUGUGUCUAUUUUGUUCCCCCAAUUAUGUAACUUGUCCUAUUAUCGAUAUGUGUACAUCCUUAUUUAAAAGUAUUUACUCACCAUGUAUGAAAUGAAUCCACAUAAGCUUUUAUCAGGUAUCAGCAACUGUCUUUCAUUAGGGGGAAGAGUGAGGAAGGUACCAAAUAGCAGACUUGUAAACUUGAGAUGAUUUUGAGUGCUUGAACUUACUCUUUCAUUUUACUUCAUCCUCCAAGGAGUGCAAUCACUUGGCGUGCCUACUUCACUUCUUUUAAGCGAAAGAACAGCGAACAGGCAACAUGAGUGACUGGAGUGCCUUAGGCCAACUCCACGACAAGGUUCAAGCUUACUCUACCGCUGGAGGGAAGGUGUGGCUCUCAGUCAUUUUCAUUUUUCGAGUCCUGCUACUGGGGACAGCGGUUGAGUCAGCCUGGGAUGAUGAGCAGUUUGGCUUUCGUUGUAACACUCGACAGCCUGGUUGUGAAAACGUCUGUUAUGAUAAGUCCUUUCCAAUCUCUCACGUGCGCUUCUGGGUCCUGCAGAUCAUAUUUGUGUCUAUUCCCACACUCUUGUACCUAGCUCACGUGUUCUAUGUCAUGCGAAAAGAAGAGAAGUUGAACAAGAAAGAGGAGGAACUCAAAGUUGCCCAAACCAACGGUGUCAACGUGGAGAUGCGCUUGCAGGAAAUUGAAAUGAAGAAGUUAAAGUAUGGCAUUGAAGAACACGGCAAGGAAACACAUGAAAUUGUGGCAAUCAAGAAAUUCAAGGACAGUGAAGAAAAUGAAGAAGUCAAGGAAACGACUUUACGCGAGCUUAAAAUGCUUCGUACUCUCAAACAGGAAAAUAUUGUGGAGCUGAAGGAAGCCUUUCGUCGGAGGGGGAAGUUGUACUUGGUGUUUGAGUAUGUUGAAAAAAAUAUGCUUGAAUUGCUAGAAGAAAUGCCAAAUGGAGUUCCACCUGAAAAAGUAAAAAGUUAUAUCUAUCAGCUAAUCAAAGCUAUUCACUGGUGCCAUAAGAAUGAUAUUGUCCAUCGGGAUAUAAAGCCAGAAAAUCUCUUAAUCAGCCACAAUGAUGUUUUGAAACUGUGUGACUUUGGUUUUGCUCGGAAUCUGUCAGAAGGCAAUAAUGCCAAUUAUACAGAGUAUGUGGCCACCAGGUGGUAUCGGUCCCCAGAACUCUUACUUGGAGCUCCCUAUGGAAAGUCCGUAGAUAUGUGGUCAGUGGGCUGUAUUCUUGGGGAGCUUAGUGAUGGACAGCCUUUAUUUCCUGGAGAAAGUGAAAUUGACCAACUUUUUACUAUCCAGAAGGUGCUAGGACCACUUCCAUCUGAGCAGAUGAAACUCUUCUACAGUAAUCCUCGCUUCCACGGGCUCCGGUUUCCAGCUGUUAACCAUCCUCAGUCAUUGGAGAGAAGAUACCUUGGAAUUUUAAAUAGCGUUUUACUUGACUUAAUGAAGAAUUUACUGAAGUUGGACCCAGCUGACAGAUACUUGACAGAACAGUGUUUGAAUCACCCUACAUUUCAAACCCAGAGACUUUUGGAUCGCUCCCCUUCAAGGUCAGCAAAAAGAAAACCUUACCACGUGGAAAGCAGCACUUUGUCUAAUAGAAACCAGGCCAGCAAAAGUGCUGCUUUGCAGUCUCACCACAGAUCUAACAGCAAAGACAUCCAGAACCUAAGUGUGGGUCUGCCCCGGGCUGACGAAGGUCUUCCUGCCAAUGAAAGCUUCCUAAAUGGAAACCUCGCUGGAGCUACUCUUAGUCCCAUGCACACCAAAACCUACCAGGCAAGCAGCCAGCCUGGGUCUUCGGGUAAAGAUCUUACCAACAACAACUUACCACACCUUCUCAGCCCAAAAGAAGCCAAGUCAAAGGCAGAGUUUGAUUUUAACAUUGACCCAAAGCCUUCAGAAGGCCCAGGCACAAAGUACCUUAAGUCAAGCAGCAGAUCUCAGCAAAACCGGCACUCGUUUAUGGAAAGCUCUCAGAGCAAAGCGGGAACACUGCAGCCCAUUGAAAAACAGAGUCGACAUAGCUACAUUGACACCAUUCCCCAGUCCUCCAGGAGUCCCUCCUACAGGACCAAGACCAAAAGCCAUGGGGCCUUGAGUGACUCCAAGUCGGUGAGCAACCUUUCCGAAGCCAGGGCCCAAAUUGCAGAGUCCAAUACCAGCAGGUACUUCCCGUCCAGCUGCUUGGACUUGAACUCUCCCACCAGCCCAACCCCCACCAGGCACAGCGACACGAGAACUUUGCUCAGCCCCUCCGGGAGAAAUAACCGAAGUGAGGGCACUCUCGACUCACGCCGAACCACAACCAGGCAUUCUAAAACAAUGGAGGAGUUAAAGCUGCCCGAGCACAUGGACAGCAGCCAUUCCCAUUCACUGUCUGCACCUCAUGAAUCGUUUUCUUAUGGGCUGGGCUACACCAGCCCCUUCUCUUCCCAGCAGCGUCCACACAGGCAUUCCAUGUACGUGACCCGGGACAAAGUGAGAGCCAAAGGCUUGGACGGAAGCUUGAGCGUAGGGCAAGGGAUGGCGACCAGAGCCAACAGCCUGCAGCUCUUAUCACCUCAGCCUGGAGAACAGCUUCCUCCAGAGAUGACUGUGGCACGAUCUUCCGUUAAAGAAUCCUCCAGAGAAGGGCCCUCUUCGUUCCAUGCACGGCAGAAGUCUGAGGGCGGAUCGUAUCAUGACCCGCACUCUGAUGAUGGCACUGCCCCUAAAGAAAAUAGACACCUAUACAAUGAUCCUGUUCCAAGGAGAGUUGGUAGCUUCUACCGAGUGCCGUCUCCACGUCCAGACAAUUCUUUCCAUGAAAAUAACGUGUCAACUCGAGUUUCUUCCCUACCAUCAGAAAGCGGCUCUGGAACUAACCACUCAAAGCGACAACCAGCGUUCGAUCCAUGGAAAAGCCCUGAAAACAUUAGUCAUUCUGAACAACUCAAGGAAAAGGAAAAACAAGGUUUUUUCAGGUCAAUGAAAAAGAAAAAGAAGAAAUCUCAAACAGUGCCCAAUUCUGAUGGCCCCGAUCUUCUGACAUUACAGAAAGCCAUUCACUCUGCUAGCACUCCGAGCAGCAGACCAAAGGAGUGGCGUCCUGAGAAGAUCUCUGAUCUACAGACCCAAAACCAGCCAUUAAAAUCACUGCGCAAGCUGUUACAUCUCUCUUCAGCCUCAAAUCACCCGGCUUCCUCAGACACCCGCUUCCAACCCUUAGCAACUCAGCAAACCAAAAAUUCCUUCUCAGAAAUUCGGAUUCACCCCUUGAGCCAGGCCUCUGGCGGGAGCAGUAACAUCCGGCAGGAGCCCACACCAAAGGGCAGGCCAGCCCUCCAGCUGCCAGGUCAGAUGGACCCUGGUUGGCACGUGUCCUCUGUGACCCGGAGUGCCACAGAGGGGCCUUCCUACUCUGAACAGCUGGGUGCCAAGAGUGGGCCAAACGGGCACCCUUAUAACAGAACAAAUCGGUCCCGAAUGCCAAAUCUGAAUGAUUUAAAAGAGACAGCCUUGUAAUGUGUGCUG